AGGUACUGCUUACUUCUGCUUUGAGGUGAACUGACUCUCAGUGUUCUCACAUAGCAGUUGCUCCUGGUUCUGUUCCAGCCCAACCAUGCUGCGUGUCUUGCAUCUGUAAUUCCAUGCAAGCAUUGCUCAGGCUUACUUGGUGUUUCGAGGCCAUCAGCAAGCUUGCUAGCCAGCAAGUCAGCCCAACAGCGCCUGCUUCCCAGUUUCUCAGUGGUCUUGAGCUUUUAGUUUCCAAAGUGGGGUCUCUGCUGAUCCCUUUUGGGCAGCUCUUGGAUUGCUCCUUCACAGCAUGGAACUUGGAAGGGCUGCAGAGGAAGAAGCACAGUGCAGGAGUAUGGUGGGGAAGCUGCCCUAGUCCGUGCUGUAGCUUCCCUGCUUUCACCCUACUUUCACCCUUCUCUCUCCUGCUUAAAGAAGCAAAAAUGCCAGUUGGUGUAGUAAUUGUCUUCCUUACAGUUGCAUUAGAGCAAGCAAAGCACAGCUCAGCUGUGCUGACACCAACCUUCUCCAUGUGUGACCUCUCCAUAUGUGACCUCCUGCCGUGUGCUACAGCACUGUCCUUAUGUCCCCAGGCUGCUGCCAGAGGUGCUGGAGGCUUCUGGUCCUGGCUGGGGCUCUUGAUGCUCCUUUAAGAGAUACUUCUUCGGCAGUAUGCAUGUUUAUGACUAUCCUGCAAACUGCAGGUUAAUGCUGAUGGAGGAAGCUGUGGCAUUUGUAGGGCUGUUUGCAAAGUGCUGCCAAGGGUUUGUCUUUGUGGAGGAAGGGGCAAGAGGAGAAUGAUAGCGUUGAGCUGUAAUACCUUGGAAGAACAAAACCAACCUGGACAAAUUGGAUAACUUGAGUGGAUAAAUCAGUGUAGUCUAAAAUCUCAUUACCCAGCAGGAAUGUUGGUGCCUCAUCCAGGAGAGGAGGAGGAGGGUGCUGCUGAUACUGCAGCUGCUGCAGGGGCUGAGACCACAGCACAUACUGCUUCUGGCAGUGCUGGGGAUGGAGCAUUGAGGGGACUCAUCAGUGGGAGCUGGGUGUGAGUGGGGAUGGGCACUGCAAGCUGGCAGCUCCUCUCCUGUGUGUGGUUGCAAGGAGGGCUGUGUAGCCCCUGCUACCUUGCUGCAGCCCCCACAUCCCCACAGGCUGCAGCAUCCUGCUCUGCUUCAACUUGGCACCAUGGCAGUGUGCAGAGCUUGAUUUUUGCAAGGGCUACCUUGGAUAAAUCUAGCUCCAGACAACAGACGUGGGAAUGUGCCCACCUGUUAUAAAUUACAUUCCCUGCCUGUUUGCCAAGCACCUUUUCCUGAUCCAAAGCUGCUGGUACAAUAGGCAGGACAUGCAGUGGGGCAGGAGAGCUGUUUGUCCCUCUGAGCACUACCUGCCCUUCCCAGCAGGUCUGUGUUUUCCGAGGAAGUCAAGCACCAACUCCCACCUUACAGUCUUGUUUGUUUGUUUUGCAGCCCUGCUUCUUGUAUUAACUAAUGAGUGUUCAGAUCCCCAGUAAACAGGCAUGUGCCUUGCAGAAACACCUGCUGCUGCUCUGUGUGACCUUCAAGUUGCUGUGGGGAAAGAGGGAGGAUGGUUCUGUGUCACCCCCAGCACUCACCCUCUGUGCUCGUUGGGGCUGUACCCUGCAAUUUCUUGGCAACUGAAGAGCCCCCAGGCGAUGAGGGGUGGCCACAGUGUAGGACAAGCAGGGUGGCACCUUGGGGCUAUGAGGAGCUUGUGCAGAGUGUGUGCCCCAGGCUGAGCUUGUGUCAGCUCUUUUUCCUGUUGGUAUAAAACAGCAAAACCUGGUGGGAUGGGAGUGUGGUGGCUGUAAGCUCCCUGUCCCUAUAGCCUGAGAUUUUGCUUGUAAAUGAUGUUCCCAUUGCCCCUUGCUGGGUCCUAAGCCCUUUAUCCCUUGCUGAGCUCACUCAUUGAACAGCUGUAGAAGAGCUGUUAGGUCAUGACUUGAACUGGUGAUUGAUCACCUGGUGAAAGGGUGUUGCUGGCCCAACAAGCACAGGCAAAUUUUUUGUGCCUGUGCUCCCCACGUACCCAGAAGGGGUGGAGAUACCCUGGGCUCAUACAGGGGCUAGCCACUGAAGAGAGAACAUCUCUUGGACCUAGGCUGCUUCUUGUGAAGGAGUACUGCAUAGCCAGAGAUCCCCUUCACUGGCUGGAUGAGUUCCAUUCUUCAUUCUGUAUAUGACUCUUGGCCUACCUGUGAAUACUUUACCUGGUAUAGCCAAAAACCUGUGAAGAAACAAUUUUGCUUCUUCAAUAAGCAGCAGCCUUGUUGCUGCUAAACUGAGAUGAACAUGUAACUUUGUUACAGAGCAUUGCUCCCAGCCUGGAAGGGUGGUAUAAAUCUGGUUUCUGAUGCUGGGGCACUUCAUUCCUGUUGCUGCUGGGCUAAGGUUUUGGGGUUUCUCAGGAUGCUGCAUGGGCAGCAUUGCUACUGGCGAGUGUGAUGUUCCUGGGUGUUAGGGCACUAUGGGGGGCAGUGCAGGAAUGGGCUACAAAAUGCUGAUCCUUAUUAGGAGUGUGUGACAGGUAUAAGGCAUGGGGCAAAGGAGAGAAGGUUCUUCCUUCUCUCCUAUUCAGGGCUCCCCAAACCGACUGCUGUGUUCUGGACCCUGCUGAUAGCCAGGACAGCAUCACACAGGCCACGUGUACAAUGGGAUGGCUCUGAUGAGUGCUCAGAAAGUUAAUGGGUAGCAGGAUGAAGUACUUCUAAUGAGGUCAUUCUCUGGGAAAGAGACAAUAUCAAACAUGUUUGGUAUUCCAAGGCUACAUAAUUCAUGAUAAGCUAAUAAAUGCCUCAGGUUAUCAGUGUCCUUAGAAAAUCGGGGCCAGCAGUUUGGUACAGGCAGCUGCAGUCAACAAGGAGUGGGUCCCAUGGGGUGUGUGCAGGGAGCAGGCAGUGAACAAAGGCCUCUUCCGCCCCCUAGCCCACAAAGUUCUUUUCACAGGCAAAGAACCCAAAAAUAAGAGCUGAACAGUGCUUUGGCCAUAAAUGGCAGUGGAAGAAAUGCCCUGGUCCUGCUGAACUGAAUGAAAAGCAAAGUCAGUGCUAGGUUCUGUAACCCCAAAUCCUGUGCCUGCAUUUUGGUCUGAUGUGCAGGAGGGUGCUUUGUUUCCUGCUCAGUCUGUCUGGAGAGCAAACUACUGACCAUAACUGAAUCUUGGGCCCCGCUUUGGAACAGCUCCAUUGCAGCAGACAUGAGGAUGUGCAUGUGAUAACCCUUCUUGUUCAGCUACCGUGAGUUUGUGAGAUGUGGUUGAAAAAUCAGGUGUUGGUCUGUUUGCUUUGGCAUAUCCCAAACAAUUGUCACAUUCUCUUUUCAUCUGCAGAGGUCAGGGUGCUAAGAUCUUCAGGUAGUGAGCAUGGUACUGUGUGGGCUGACCUGGGAGUUCUGUGGCUCUGUUAAAUUAUUGUUAGCUUGACAGUUUGAUAAUUUCCAGUGGGUAUAGCUAAUUUCCAGAUUUGGAGGAUUAACAGAUCAGCGAUUUCAAAAUUUCAUUAUAGAAAUGGUGUGUGAUUAUAUAGAAAUGUUAACACCCAGCCUGCUGCCUGUGCUCUGCCUGUGUUCUACUUAGAGUUGCUGAGACAGCACAGGUUAGAGCUCCCAGGUCAGUGCAUUUUGUGAGAAGUAUAGCAGGUGUGGCCUUUUACUGUUUGUCUUAGGGCUUCCUUCCCAGUGCGCCCAAUACUGUGACUUUGCACAGGGCAGUGCCUGCAGUGAGAUAUUGCCUCUCCUGCAGACAAUUCCCAUGGCUGGGGAAGCAGAGAGCUUGCAGCAGUGGCAGGGCAGGAUCUGGCUGCUUGGUGUCACUUGCCCAGGUGUUCACUUAAUUUCUGUUUUCUCACUGAAGCUCUCCCUCUGUUUCCUCUCUCCUACAUCACUCUGGGUGUUGUGAUUCCUGCCUCUUGAGGAUGAUGCCUGGGACGCGGGAAUUCCCCCUGCUUUGUCUCCUAAGUUGCCAAGGAAAAAGUGCUGAGCCCGUGUUUGCUGAGCUGUUGGUGCUUGCUUGGUGAGGUCAGCACAGGGGUGUCUGGAGUGCACCAACCCAGCUGUGGGGCUCCUGUUGGGGCUCUACCAAUAAGCUGCCCUCUUAAUGCCUAGAUUAAGAACCUAGGGACUGUUCGAAUAAUCUGGCUUCUCCAUGCUCCGCAGCUUUUUAUUUUUUCCUUACCACUUCAAGAUGCAAACUCUCAGCAGUUGGGUCAAACACCACAGUGAACACCUACCUCUUCAUGAUGCAAGCCCAAGGCAUCAUGAUUCGUGAAAACAUGAGAACAAUAGGAGCUCAGGUGUAUGAGCAGGUGGUCCGCAGUGCCUAUGCCAAGAGGAACAGCAGUGUGAAUGACUCAGAUUAUCUUCUUGAUCUGAAUCACAAUGAAACCUUUCUGCAAGCUACAACUUUUCUUCCUGAAGAUUUUACCUACUUCCCCAACCACACCUGUCCUGAGAAGCUCCCUUCUAUGAAGGGCCCCAUUGAUGUAAAUAUGAGCGAGAUUACGAUGGAGGACAUCCACCAGUUCUUCUCCAGAGACCCUUCCAUCAAGCUGGGAGGCCACUGGAAGCCGAGUGACUGCCUGCCUCGCUGGAAGGUGGCAAUCCUGAUCCCAUUCCGCAAUCGUUAUGAGCAUCUUCCAGUCCUUUUCAGGCACCUUAUUCCAAUGCUGCAGCGUCAACGUUUACAGUUUGCAUUUUAUGUUGUGGAGCAAGCUGGUACUCAGCCCUUCAACCGUGCCAUGCUCUUCAAUGUUGGCUUUCGGGAAGCGAUGAAGGACUUGGACUGGGACUGUCUCAUCUUCCAUGACGUGGACCACAUACCAGAAAAUGACCGUAACUAUUACGGGUGUGGACAGAUGCCGAGACACUUUGCAGCCAAGUUGGACAAGUACAUGUACCUGCUGCCCUAUAAUGAGUUCUUCGGCGGGGUGAGUGGCUUGACUGUUGAGCAGUUCUGGAAGAUCAAUGGUUUCCCCAAUGCCUUCUGGGGCUGGGGCGGCGAGGAUGACGACUUAUGGAACAGAGUGCAGUAUGCAGGCUAUUCAGUGACUCGACCAGAAGGAGACACAGGGAAAUACAAAUCAAUUCCCCACCAUCAUCGAGGAGAAGUGCAGUUCCUAGGAAGGUAUGCCUUGCUGAGGAAGUCAAAAGAAAGGCAAGCUCUGGAUGGCCUCAAUAAUUUGAACUACUUUCCUAAUGUCACAUAUGACGCCUUGUAUAAGAACAUCACUGUUAACCUGACACCAGAGCUGGCUCUGGUAACUGAAUAUUAAGAGGAGAAAAUAACUCUGCUCUGCCCUUCACCAAGAAGGCAUCACACCUGACUUUCUUCUCAAGGGUUAUUGAGGACAAAAUAUUUUGUCUAAUGAAGGAUCACAGUAUUUUGGAGUAUAAGGCUGAAAGUGCACGCACAAAUUGUCCUAGCUGUCCCAGCCCUACCCGAUCCUCAUGCAGCGAGCUCCACAGGCUUUUUUGUUCCCUGCCACUUGCUUUCUGGGUUUCGGGACAGCUGUCGGAGCUGCUGGUCUCAUCUCCACAUUCCUCCAGCAGUCCCCAGCGCCGGACUCACCUAGGGCACGUUCUUUCCUCUGGCAAGCGUUGGGAGCAAUGCAGUCGGAACUGCCCUGGUGGGAGAACCAGAGAACUUCUGGUACCAUUCUUCUACACUUGUGCUGUUUUUUUAAAAUGUCCUGCUUAAAGUAUAUACAUCAGAAUCACUUCUUAAAGAAGUGUAAAUGUAAAUAUGCUGUGUAAAUUGCCCAUUUUUAUUUUCUUCUGUGGUUUGAAUCCAAGCUAGAGGUUUACAUAAGGUCACUCACUCAUCUUUGUCCUGAAUUCUGUAAGCACUUGUGUGUGCAUCACUGUAUUUGUGCAAGUUGUUCCCUAUUCCACCAGUGAGACUGCUUGCAUGAUUUAAGCUAUGCAUAUGCAGUAAUAUUUGUGGAACAGAGCCCUCAGCAUUAAAAGCAGCAGAUAAGAAAUACAGCCAUGUUGUCACUCCUUACAGGAAUCAUGUAGGUGGCUCCUUCUGGGAAGAGGGAAUCAUGUUUCUAUCAUGUUUGUGACAUAGUGUGCAGAUCAGUGUGAAGCUGUAUGGGAUGGGAUCCAUCACCUGUUGUUCUGCACACUCCGAUGACAGGCAUGGCUCUGCAGCUCCCUGGGAGCUCACCUAGCCCCUGCCAUCCCCUCGUGGAGCAGAAGGGUUUGAGGAUCAUUCUGCAGAAGAGAAUUAGGUAAGCAGCAAGUGAACCCGGUGAUGUGGUUGCCACUGCUGGCCGCCUGAAAGCACUGGCAGGAGUACAGCUGGUGAGCAGGCUGUCUGCAGACACCGAUAUGGGAUAGAUGAAGGACACGUGAGUUAAAGCUCAUGCAAGCAUGAGUACUAGGAACCUAAUAGCUUGGUCUGGUGCCCCAUCCAGCCUCUCGAAUUCUGUGCCCCCAUCCUUGCCCUGCAGCAGGCUGGGCUGUGCCUGUCCCAUCCCCUCCUCACUCCAAAUCAGUCUAUAGGUUACGCAGCAUGUAUACAGUCAUUUUUACUGGACUUCACUGACUUAAAGGUAAAUAUAUUGGGGGUUGUGUUUUAAAUUCUAUUUGUACAAAACACUUGUGAGUAUUUAACCUCAGAAGUACUUUAACUUUCUUCUUAUUGCAUUGUUUGCCUUAAGUUUCCUUCCUAUUCAUAGUUUACAUUUUAUUUUUUCUUGGUUUUGUGGACGUAUGAUCCCCAUACGCAUCUGUUGUGGGUGUGACUGCCCAGAGCAUUCCUAGCCUGUAUCUGGAAAAUGUGAGGUAGAGUUCUGGUGGUGCAGAUCUUGCCGGCCAGCAUGACAGGACAGCAAGCCUGCCCUUGAAAAGUGCCGAUAAUUUGGAACUUAGAUUUAAUGCCUUUGAAUUUACAUAUGUUUUAAAGUCACUUCCUGAGGGGAUUCAACGUGGUAAUUUAUAGGCAGGGGUGAGGAUUUGCUUUUUAUGGCGCAUAUAGCAAUAAAGACUUCUGUUUCUGAAUCUUGAACUCUAAUUCAUGUGAACCCUUUUCAGAUGUUAAACCUGUGUUGCCCUGACCCUCUUUUCUUUAAUCUUGAGACAUUGCUAGAAAUCUGUCUUUGUUUAAUGGUGCUUUAAACAAGGAAUGUAUUUCAACUUGUCGAUGUUCACUACUGCAGGAAUCAUGCAUGUGUGUGUGAGUAGGUGUUAAACUACCUUCAUUUGAAUUGUCAGCCUUUGAAGUGUACCUGACCUCCAUUGCACCUUGUGUUGAACAAAGUGAGAUGUUACCUCUGCUCAGAAAUGCACUGUACAGUUGGCAUAAGAGUCCAUUUCUCCCCCAGCAACAUCCCUGUUCAUAGUUUCUUCGCUCUAACUACGUUGAAUUCUUCCCUUUUUAAAAUGUGGAAUAUCUUAAAAUGUGCACUGUUAAUCUUACCAGAUAUGUCAAAUACUGUAUAGUAAGUGUAACUGUUAAAAAUAUACUGUCAAGCGCAUGUGCUGUUAUGAUGUAAAAAUUUGCAUAUUAAGGAGAACUUGUACAUAUUCUGGCAGCUGAAAUCCAACGAGGCUACUUGUUCACCCCUUCCAUGUUACCACGGUAUCACAGUCCCACUGACGGCAGGCCAUGUUCAAUGCUGACUUCUCUCUCUCUCUUUUUUUUUUUUUUUUCUAUAAGCCAUAGGGGUUUCAUUAGCAAAAGUAUUUAUUUUUGGUUUGCUAUUUGUAAAGCUCUGCUUCUCUAGGGAGGGUACAGUCUGAGUAACAGCCACAAGCUGAAGUCACUCACGGUCAGAGGUGGCUUCAAACUAUAGAGUAUCUUUCCAUUGUCAUUGCUCUUGAGCUUACUGUUAUGUUUUUAAGAGGUGCCAGGGGGACAUUUUUGCACUGAAGACUAAGUGUUUUGAAACACGCGCGCGCACACACACACACACACUUCUCAGCAAAGCAAUCCUUUGUCUCAUUACAUUUAUUUACCCAUGUGUUUGUACAUUUUUGUAUCUGUUAAUUUAUGAAUGAUUUUUUCAGUAAAAAAUACAUAUUCAAGAA